GUGAUACAAGGCGUCGCGAUCGUAUGUAGAAUUAAAAUAAAUUAUUCCAUCACUCCAUGGAGCUAUGAGACAAUUGAAAUAUUCGAAAUAUUGUUUCCAAACUAUUGUAAGAGUGACAUGAAACAGUAACCUAGUGAUAAAAAUCAGUUUAUAUAGAAGGCUACCAAGUGGAUUGUUACCUCAUGUGAUAAGCAACCGGUUUUUAGUCGAAGUGAAAAGAUCGUAGCAUCUCAAGUUAACUGAAAACUAAUAUUGUCACAACUUAGGUUAAAACCGCGCGAAGCGCGUCUUUGAGCGAUUCGACCCGGUGGAAAUUAGUGACAAACAAAACCGUCGAGUUCCGCGUUUAAAAUUAAUCCAACUACUUGUUAUCUCCGUAUAAUUUGAACGAUGAAAGAGGUUAUGUAAAUAUUCAAGCAACAACCGUCCUCACCGCUUGUAAUGCGAGCCGCGAAUUGUCGGAGGAGGUUCUGACCCUCAUGCGGCAUCUUCGUGGUAUGGUUCUCUACUGUUUUUUGCUAAGGAGAAGCUAAUUGUUAUGGCUGACCAGGAUUACGAUAUGGGCCCUGCCACGGAGAUGAUGGUUACUGAUUUUGACGACGAAAGAACACUUGACGAAGAAGAGGCUCUAGAAGGCAGCGAAGACUCUCAUAACGAAUUAUCUAACUUACAAAAGGAAGGAGACAUGCCGUUGAAGGAUUUACUCGCCAUGUACGGAUACGGAGAUCCAUCAACGGAGAAUUCCAACAGUUCGGAUCGCAUGAUUCUACCAACAACGGGCUGCGACAACGAGGUUGACGCACAGUCCUCGGACAAAGGAGACGCUGACGAAGAUGUGGAUGCGGAUGCUGAUGCGGACGACGAUGAGGAAGACGCAGACCCAAUGGGCAACGAGCCGGACCUGAAGCAGUUUUAUACAGAAAUGGUGAAAGCUGAAGAGGCUGGCACGAUAGACAGAGAAGGCAUCGGGGGCAGUGGAAGCGGUGGAUCGUCGAGACUUCUGCGAAGUGUUUCACGUCCUCAGAGCGAAGAAGAAGAGGAUGACUGCGAUUACAGUCCCGACGAGGACGAGUGGAAAAAAACAAUAAUGGUGGGGAGCGACUACCAGGCUGCGAUACCCGAAGGCCUCUGCCGCUACGACGACGCUCUCCCAUAUGAAAAUGAAGAUAAAAUGUUAUGGGACCCGAGCCAUAUACCGGAGGAAGAGACCGAGGAGUUUUUGGAACGCGCUCAACUUUCGGCUGCUCGGGGAAGUUCGAUACCGGCUGGCUCGCAUGUAAGGGACGACGAACAAGCUCUGUAUCUACUUUUACAAUGCGGAUACAAUUUGGAAGAGGCUCUGCGGAGGCGCAGAAUGAACGUUGUUCCCUCUACGGAUGCCGUCAGUUUGUGGUCCGAGGAAGAAUGCCACAACUUUGAAACCGGACUUCGGACUCACGGAAAAGAUUUUCACUGCAUUCAAAAGUGUAAGGUGAAAACGAGAUCGGUGGGAGAACUAGUACAAUUCUAUUAUCUAUGGAAAAAGACAGAAAGGCAUGACAUUUUCACUUCCAAGGCUCGCAUAGACAAGAAGAAGUAUUCUCUCCAUCCCGGCAUCACCAGGGACUAUAUGGACCGUUUCCUGGAGGAGCAAGAGGGAGUUCGAGACCGUAGCAGUUCGCCGAACAAUCACUGUCACCACAGCGUGGACGGGGGUAAGCGACAUCAGAGAUCGAGCAUUAGCUCGGCGAUAAACGAAACUGACACCAAGCAUAUAGAUUCGUGGUCGACCAGUGGAGGCGUGGAUCCGCUGGCAGAUACGAACAACACCUCGUUGCAGCCACCGGCUGUAAAUUCCCUGACGAAUUCCUCCGGCACGCUUCGUCACAUCGAGUACACUUCCCACGUUAUUCACGAAGGACCUGCCGAGGGAAGCACCUCGCUAUGGGCGUCCAGACAACAUUCUAAUAACCAGGAUGGAACCGUAGUGGAAAGCAACGAGCCCUCCUCCCCUGAAAUCAUUUUACCCCAUCUGCCGCCUUAGCGUACGUUUAUUCGAGAUCGUUUUUUAUCGCAAAUUAUUAUUAUUAUUAUUCUAGAGAUAAGGAGAGUGAGAGAAAGCGAGAAAUGAAACUAAAGAGUUGACGGAUGAAAGAAAAAUAUGACAACGAUAAUAAUCAUUACCAUACAUGGUCUAUCGUGACGCGUAAUGUUUGUUGAAACAAAUAAGCAAACAAACAAAAUAAUGCUAAUAAUAAUGAUAAUAAUAAUAAUAUUAUUAUAUUUUUCUACUGCAUAAUAUAAUUAUUGUAUUGUAUAAUUCAAAAUUUCGAGAGAAUUUUUAAAGAUUUUCGGACUCCACUAAGAAAACUUCUUAUGGACUUGUGACAUUAAAAGUCUUGUACAGACCAGACGUAGAAAGAAUUUGAUGUCUCGGAUUUUAGUUAACUUUUUUUUUUUGUUUUAACGGUAAUAUUUUGUACUCUCCUUUGAUUUAACUUCUAUUAUAAUUAUAGUACUCGGUUAUUUUUAGAGACAAUAAUCCAGUGUACGUAGUAGGAAUUUUAAUCCACUGAUUAUAUUGAAAGGUAAUGGCGUAAUUGAGAAACGUGAAAUUCUAAAUGGUAGGAAAAACAUUUUGUU